AUGAGCUUUCAGGCUGCUAUCAAUCCACGAAGUGAACGACGAAAAAUAGCCAUCGAUGUACUCGGAAGACGGUUUCGUCAUACAGUCAAAGUCUUCAAGAAAGGUGUACCGGUUGGCGGUCGAGGACAGGAAGUAAUGGGCGAACAAUCAGAAGCUCCGCAUUUGGAUGUCAUUGAUAAACACGUGUCGAAUAUUAUUAGUUUGGAUAUGAGUGACGCCGGCAGCGAUGGCGAGGCUUCAAAACUGACACAAUUGCCGCCAACUAAGCUAAACCUACCGAAUCGGGUCAUUCAAAUAGCUUGUGGUUUACAUCAUUCAGUGCUAUUGACUUCAUCGGGUGAUGUGUUAACAUUUGGUAGCAACCAAUACGGCCAACUCGGACACAACGAUUUUAUUAUUAGAGAAGUGCCCACAAAAAUAUUUAUCAAAUCAAAUAUCAUACAAAUAGCCGCCGGAAGCAAUCAUACCGUUUUGUUAAGCUCUACGGGACAGGUAUACACAUUUGGCAACAAUCAAAAGGGACAGUUGGGACGCAAUCCGUCCAAUGAAUACGGAUGGAAUGCUAUGCCGGGUACUAUACCCAACAUUGGCCAACAAUUUGGUCGCAGAGCGACAUACAUAACGGCUUCUGGUGAUCACACGUUUAUCAAAUACGAUGAAUCUCUUAUAAAUCCAUUAUCAUUGUCAUCGUCUCGAGUCAUAGCCAACAGGCGUUGUAUUGCAAUCAUUCCGUCGAGCGCUGAGAUGAUGGCCUCGACUAAAGAUAACAGAUAUGAACGUCAGUUCAAUUCACUAGUCAUUAACCGAUUGGACGGCACGUGUAAAACCUUUAGUUCAUCGGAUCAGUUGGAAUUGUUUAACUUUUCCGCCGUUUGUUUAGACAACUAUUACGAUGUCCUUUGGACCUAUGAUUCCAAGAAUCAUUCGUUCAAUAGAUAUAAUCUAAUCUAUUCUGAAACAAAAAUACCGAACCAAUCGCAGUCAAUGACAGCCAUUUUAUUACCCGAAUUAGCACUUCCACAGAAGGCGUCCACACUUAUCGAUAGGAGUACCGCUGCUCUCAACCUAUUAUGCACUUUGGAUACAUUGACGACUGCACAUCAAUUGGGUUGUACCAUUGAAGAGGUGGAUCAAAGUAAGAACAAAGUUUGCAAACCGUUAACUAAAGACGACUAUUCAUCAGUUUGUCGUUUUGAGAGCCACGGAGGAGUCAUUCGAUAG